ACUGGACCACAUAGUUAACAUUACCGACCAGUUGAGGACGUUUCAGUUAUUUAAUAACGUUAAUAUUAUAAUUUUUUUAUAAUAAAUUGAAAAUGUCCAAAGGUUUGUACGUAACAGCAGUCGUAACCACAGGCGUCUUAGCAGGUGCAUAUUGGACUUAUUGUUUUUAUAAUUACAAUAAACAACGUAAGAUUCCUACAACUUGGAAGGAAGUAGGUAUUCUUAAAAAUAUUUUUAUAUAUCCUAUUAAAUCUUGUAGCCCUGUCCACAAGAACAAAGCUGAAUGUACAUUUCUAGGAUUAAGAGAUGGGUGGCUAAGAGAUAGGGAAAUGUUAAUAGUGGAUGACAAGUAUAAUUUUAUUACAGCAAGAGCAUUUCCAAAAAUGCUUUUAAUUCAAUCUAAAAUAGAAAAAUCUAUUUUAACUUUGAGCAACGAUGACAUGGAACCACUGAAUGUAGAUUUAGCCGAGAUAGCUUUAAAGGAAACUUUUAAAGCAACCGUGUGGGGUGUCAAGGUUCAAGUUUAUGAUUGCGGUUGGGAAGCUAGCGAGUGGCUGUCAAGACUAUUAACUCAAUCUGAAAAAUCAUUAAAAUUGGUGAUUGCUGCGUCGAAUCCUAAUCGGUAUUCUACAAAUUUCUUCAGGAAUAAAAUUACGACGGCUGUAUCGGGUAUAUACGCGGAUGAAACUUCUUACAAUUUAAUUAACGAAUCAUCGGUAAAUGAUCUUAACGACAGACUGAAAGGAAUAAAAGUUACUGACAAACAUUUUAGAAGUAACCUUGUUCUAUCUGGCGCCAAGGCGUACGAAGAAGAUGAUUGGACAUUCAUAAAAAUCGGCGAAAACAUUUUCGAAAUUGUUAAGCCUUGCACGAGAUGUGUAAUGACGACACUAGAUCCUGAAAGAGGCAUUCGCAAUCAAUCAGCUGAACCGUUAGUUACAUUGAAAGGUUACCGCCAGGUCACUGAACCGCAAGAACGUAAAUUUGCGGGUAGUUCGCCACGCAUGGGCGUACAGAUGAAGCUUCGUUCGGGCGAGGGAAUUUUUUUAUCGAUUAAUGAUAUAAUUUAUUGUCACCGGGAGGGGAGGAUAGAUUCUAACUAUCCGGUAAAUUCGAUCCUCAAGGGUCUAGGGGGGUAUCCCCGUCCCAAUGGUGCCUCUAAGAGGCUGGACCUCGGCUUACGACGGUCAUAUCUAAGUGCAGCGGUCGCUACAACAGGCGUCCUCGCAGGCGCAUACUGUGUGUAUCAUCUUUAUAAUGAAGCUCAGAAACGUAAGCUACCAACAACAUGGAGGGAAGUUGGCACUUUGAAGGAUAUUUAUAUAUAUCCUAUAAAAUCUUGCGGUCCGGUGCAAAAGGACAGAGCUGAAUGCACUUUACUCGGUCUAAAAGACGGUUGGUUGCGAGACAGAGUAUUGAUGGUAAUUGACGGUAAAAAUAAUUUUAUCACUGCAAGAGGGUAUCCACAAUUACUUUCUAUUCGUCCAACAGUAAGAAAUUCUGUCUUAACUUUACAACAUAAUGAUAUGGAAAUACUCAACGUUGAUCUAUCAGAGGUUCCUUUACAAUUGGUAGAAACCGCAACUGUUUGGGGUGUUGAGGUUCCUGUAUACGAUUGCGGCUUUGACGCAAGCGAAUGGGUUUCAAGAUUACUAGACAAGUCUGCAAACAACUUCAGAUUAGUACUUUAUGCUUCCAACAAUUCUCGCAAGUUAAAAAGACCCGCCAAUAAUGUGUAUAAGUUCCGCAAGACAGAUACGGGAGCACUUCCAGAUGAAUUACCAUUUCAUUUAAUGAAUGAAACCUCUAUAGACGAUCUCAAUACUAAAUUGCAAGGAAACAAAGUUUGCUACAAAAACUUCAGACCGAACUUCUUAAUUACCGGCGCUCGGCCUUACGAAGAAGAUGAUUGGAAAUAUGUUAAAAUCGGAGAAAACAUUUUCGAAGUAAUCAAGCCAUGCACGAGAUGUAUGUUGACAACAAUCGAUCCAGAGACAGGUACACGUGAUUCUAAAUCAGAACCUAUUCAGACGUUGAAAAGUUACCGCCAGAUAACUGAUUCUAGUGCUAGACCCUGGUCCGGCAGUGCUCCACGAAUGGGCAUACACCUGGCGCUCCGGUCAAAGAAUGGAGGCCUUGUCUCGAUCAAUGAUCGUAUUUACGUAGAUUAAGUAUUUAACGAAAAUAUGUAAUAUAGAAAUGAAUAUUAAUAAUUUUUUUGCAACAUCUUUAUUUCAUAACCAUAUAUAUUUGAAUACAAGUAUUUUUAUGUAAAACCCAAGCAGUGACUUUCAGCGAUGACAUCUUUUUGACACGCUUUUUUUAAAUUCAGGUAUUUAAUUACGAAAUUGCAUAUUGUAAAUAAAGAAAUUCAACAACUGAUGACCCCAGCUCUCGUCAUUGUUAUAACUAAUAAUUCCGGAAACAUAUUAAACUAAUUAAUUGAUCUUGAUUACGUUCCCGAAAAUCCAGAUUUUCAAUGUUUAAGUCCGGAUGAUUAACCUGGUUUUUUAGAUUUCACUCGUUAGUUCUUAGAAAAUAUUCCCUCCUUAUAUUAAUCAUUUCCUGUCCAAAUUAAAUACAUGUAUAAUAUUAUUUGAUAAAACAUUUAGUAGUAAGAAGUAGUACCCAAUUGAUAAUAGGUACCUACAGUUGCUAAAGAAAACAGUUAACAUCUAAGACACUUAAUUUUAUUGCUUUGUAUUACCAUAAUUUUGUAAGCACACUACCCUCCAUAAACACUGUAUAUAUUCGAAUGUUUUCAAUCAUAUACACAGCAAAUAACCAAAUUAAUAGACCAAGUUCUCUCUUUGAAGCAUUAUUAGAAUAUAAUCGUGUCAUCCAUAGUAUAAGUAAGUACCUACACUUCUUAUUAAUUGAUUUUCGUUCAAAAAACUUUCCUGACUUACAUUUCUGAGCGUAUUGAAAUCGCUACUUGGAAUGUAUGUACUAACUUUUAGAUUAUAGAAGCAUCAUGAGAUCUAAGAUUUUCGCGAGUAUUCAUUUAAAUGAAACUAGUAUUAUUCGGAUUUACUACGCGGAUUUUAUUAUUUAAAAACUACAUAAUCCCGACGUUUCG